CAGGCCGACUGCUGAGCCCUCCGGUCAGUGGAUAAGACCUCCCAGUGGGUAUCACGCCUUCCUUUUCCCGUCCCCUGCCCAGAUGAUCCCAUCCGAGCGCCUUCAUCGACCGACAUGUGACCCGAUCAGGCGAAUCGAUCGUCGUCGCUUGUCGUGUCCCCGCAUCGCUUUCAACGAGACGGGCUAUAAACUGCAUUAUUGUAUGUCACAGGGACUAACAUCUCUUCAACUUCUCAGAUACUCUAUAGUCCUUCCCCUUCGCCCACCUCGGUCAUUUAACCUGCCCGAGUUCCGAAAACAAGAGCACACAAGAGCACUACCAGAACAUCGCGAAAUGGCCAAAUCCGCCAGGCGAGGCCCCAAGCCCAAGGCGUCAGCUACGACGUCCGCGGCCUCCUCAGGCACUUCCACUCCCAGCUCGCAGGCGGGCCCUCUUCCUCCGUUCCGCAGAGCCCCUGAAGCUCUCAAGCCGCUCCUCGAACCUCUUUCCCCGCGCGAAGUCUACCUCGUCCACAUCGACACCUCCCCCGUAGAGAUCAAACAGCAAUCAUUCAUCGUGCCAUGCGUCAUAAACGCCAUUAUCCUCGCCCUCCUCGCUUUCCGAGUCUACAUGGUUCGCAACAUUUACCCCGCCAUGAUAGCAACAAUGGUCGGAAUCAACAACUCCAUGACCGUGGACACAUCGAUAAUGACAUGGGGCGAGAUAGCCGACGUGACCCUGCGUCGCGUAGGAAACGUCUUGCUGGACUACUUUCUCGUGACGGUGUUCCUGUCCUGGCCCAUCCGAUUCCUCUUCGGCGCAGUACGAUGGCGCCGCAACGUCGGCUUCCGGGGCCACGAGAUCAUUGUCCGGAAGAGCCAGCCUGACAUGACUAAAGGCCUGAAGCGUGACCGCUGGAUCCGGGAAGAUGAAGAAACGCGGGACAAGAUUGUUGCGGCGGUGACCCCGGAGCGGAUCAUGAAGACUGGGUACCUCCUUGUGGAUGCAGACUUCGAUCUCGAUUACGACGCCAUGAUCAAAGCCCACGAGAUGGUCGACAACCCUCAGAAGGAUGCGAAGGUCUCAUUGGAGGAGUUCCGCACGGCAGUUCUGGUGAACACAGAUGCCCAUGGCUGGUUGAUCUGGCAUGUUGGAGACGAAAAUGAGAAGAUUAGCCCCGAUCCCAGCCCCAGCGAUAUCCCGGAGGACCCAACCCGAUCCGCCCAAAGGGAUCAAAUUCUGAUGUUCAAGGACAAGCUGACGGCCAUGGGCAAAGAGGACCUUUUCUUCCGAUGGGUCGAACUAGUCCAGUACGAGAGCACCCAGCCGGGCGGAUUCACCCCGGAAAGGCAACAAUCCGCCAUGCUUCAGGUCAAACAGCUCUUUGAGGAGAACGACGUCGACUUUUCACAAUUCUGGGAAGACGUCGGUGGCUUGGAUGAGUUCAUGGAGCAGCUUGAUUAAUCUCGUGCAUAUAUCUACCAGUAAAUGCUUUCUCUCCCAUUCUAUCUUGUCUUCUUGAACCAUUUUCGGGGAUAUUCAGGAUGCCAGGCGUUGUCGGUGCAUUAUAAAACCAGAGCCGGAUGGCACAUUGCAUAUCAAUCUAUUUCAUCCACAUAGUACUAUAACAAAGCAAACGC